AUUGUGAAAUAUAAUUCUCAAACAUGAAAACUAUAUUGAUUUUGGCACUUUUGAGCUGCGUUGCUCUUACCAUUUACGCUCAAGGUCCCGAACCUGAGCCCACCCAUGAGCCUGAGCCUGAACCUACCGAUGAGCCUGAUGAAUUCAAGUGCGACGUUUGUAUAACAUUUGGAACUAUAAUCAAGGAUUACGUUGACGAGAAAGUUCCACUGGAAGAAGUUAAAAAAGACGCCGACAGAUUAUGCCAUGAUUUGGCAGAUCACUUGAAGGAAAUUUGCGAAAAAGAUUUGCUUCCAAAUCUCGACAAAAUCUACGAAGGGCUACACGAACAUACACCUGAAGAUUUAUGCGAACAUUUGCAUUAUUGUGGUAGACAUUAAAAUAUUUUAUAUUAUAUGUAAAUCUUUUUAUAAAAAAACAAAAUAAAUAUUUAAAUGUUAAAUUUAGUUUAUUUAGUGUUAUAUAUAUGUAGUUGUUAUUUAGUUUAUAAAUUUAGUGAAAUAAAUUUAAAAUUUGGCGUUGCUGAUCUAAUAAAUUUUUUUGGUAAGCAUUUUACUGGUAACAUACGUUAAGCUAAGUGUUCUUUUGUUUUGUAUAAAAUGACUACACUUUCUUUGUCAAAUACUAUUCUUUGUUUAAGGUUAAAAUGGUCAAAACAAAAGUAACAGAAUUAAAUUUGCUGC